UCGUGUAAGCAAUGCAGAAGUUAUCCUUGAGUCCACUACCAAGGGUAGCAAAGCCCGCUAUUCCUGCCAUCCAGGGUAUGUAUUAAAUGGCCGUCCACUCCUGACAUGUACUGAUGGAGUCUGGACUGGGAGGCCACCUCGGUGCUUGGAAAAAUCUUGUGGAAGUCCAGGAGAGAUGUUGAACGGACGGUACAAUGCGACAGGCAACACGUUUGGAGCCACAGUCACAUUUUACUGUGACGAGGGGUAUCAGAUUGUUGGUAGAAAUUACCGGCUGUGUGAAGAGAAUGGAUGGUCAGGAGGUGUCCCAAGUUGUCAGCCUGUCACAUGUGCAGAUCUUCCACCAAUUGCCAAUGGAUUUGAACCAACUUCACCCAACGGCGAGUACUGGGAAUCUGGAUCAGUGGCCAAGUUUUCAUGUAUUGGUGACUACUCGUUGAUCGGUGCAAAGUCACUUAUUUGUUUAUCUUCUGGGCGAUGGAGCGACGACCCCCCGACAUGCAGAGAUGUAAGAUGUUUUGUUCCGGACGCUCCUACAAAUGGCCGCAUCAGAUCGAGUCCUCGGAGUGUACUGAAAUAUGAGGAGGAAGUACUGUUCGAAUGUGAUCGCGGUUUUGAAAUUGUUGGCAGCAACCUUAUCAAGUGCAAUGAGAACAGUCAAUUCAGCGAUGAUCCACCAACCUGUCAGUUUAAUGGAUGUAAAAAACCCCAAAGAAUUGCUUAUGGAUUUAUCAAGAGUGAUAAGGAAAUAUAUACAAAAUAUGAGACUGUCACAUUUACCUGCAGAACUGGUUAUAAGCUGUUUGGCAGUGAGACCCUUCUUUGUGUGGGGAAGUGCAUCCAACUGCAAAUCCUCACUGCUAAGGUCAAGGAACUGGACCUGGAGUUGGAGCUGGAUGCACUCAGGGCCACCCAGGAGGCUGAAUACCCCCUGAGGUUGUCAAACCCAGAGUAG